UCCAAUAGUUAUCCCACCAGUUAAAUACAAACUUGGUUUAUCUUCUUAACUGGUCUGAUUAAUUGGUUUUAUAUUGCAGUCGUUUCCCAAUUAGUUAAAUAUAUCCGAUACCACUAAAAAUAUUUGGAAACUACAUUAGUGGGAUGUUGAUUCCCCCCAUCGCUUUUGUGCGCGCUUUAUAUAUUUUAGGCUAAUCAGAAGGGUAAGAUCCGUUAGUUAAGACUACGGAAAUUCUUGAUAUAUUUAUAAUAGAAUUUUUCAUACUUGUUGUUGUUACUAUUCUAUUGUUAGAAUUAGUAGUUGAUUUCAUUAGAAGGGUUAUAUAUUCAAAGGAAAUCAAUUGUAAAAUUACAAUGCCAUCAGCAAGUACUCUUAGAGCUUUAAAUGCUCAAUAUUUAGAUCAUUUAGGUAAAAAUCCUUUAUUAACUAAGUCCAUUACAGCAGGAAUUUAUGCUGCUUUGAAUGAAAUCAUUUCGUCCAUUAUUAGUGAUGAUUUACAAGAAACUGCCAUUUGUGGUAAAUAUAAGGUUAAACAUUUCUUUACACCAAAAUUAUUGUCAAUGAUAUUUUAUGGAAGUCUUAUCUCAACUCCAAUUUCACAUAAUAUUUACGAGGUUAUCAAUAAGAAGAUAUUUGUAGGAAAAUUGACUACUGCCCAACAGGUUGCAAAGUUCUUCACUUCUUUAUUGACUGUGACUCCAUUAUUGGCUGGUGUUUAUGGUUCGUGGUUAUCUAUAAUUAACAAUUAUAAAUUUCCUGAAUCAUGGAAGAGUACUUCAAUUCCUAAAGAAUUAGCUAAGAUCUUCUAUAUAGUGAAACUUGGAUUAAAGAAAGUAUACCCAGUCUUAUUAAAAUCAUCCCUUAUCACUUCAUUUUUCUCAUUAAUUAUUGCCCAGAAAUAUAUUCCACCUGAAUUGUGGGUUGUUUUCCUUAAUACUGUCUUUUUCAUUUUAGGUACUUAUCAAAACACCAAGUUGAAGAAACAACAAAAAUUACAAAGAAAACAACAACAGCAACAGCAACAAGAGAAAAAAGAGGAUGUUGAAGAAGAAAUUAAAGAACAAGAUACUCCCCAAGAAGAUAAAGAGAAAACAGAUUAAUCAAUUUAAGCCUUUAUAUUUGAUGAUGGACCAUAGCAUUAAUGAGUCCGAUUAGAAAGCUGGCUUUUGUAUUUAUUCUUUAUUUAGUUUGAAACUUUCAAGACAUAGACCCUUGUGAAUCCGAUCGGAUUUAAUUAUUAAUCACUUAUAUGUAAUGAUUUAUUAUUGAAUGAAUUGAAUUUAAUGCUUAUUCUCUAAUUAAAAUUAUAUUAUAAGCUUACAUAAUAUCCAUGGAAAUUGUAUGAGCCCAGCGAUACCUCCGCUUUUCAGGAACGAAGACGGCUAAAUCAAGAAUUAACCAUC